ACACCACCACAGGAGCGUUCAAAAGCCACAUCACAGCCAGAGAAGCACCCCUCCUCGCUCGCGAUAACAUUCAGAAAGCUAAGCAGUGGCUUAACACCUGUCUUUCGGAACAUACAGCAUGUCGCAAAUUCCACAGCAGCACCGUCUCCAACCCCCACCAACGACCCACGCGCGUCCUCCAAAUCACACCCACCACCAUCCGCCUCCGUUGUAAUAUGCAAAACGAGCAUUUUGACUACCUCGUCUUAAGCUACAUGUGGGGAACGAAUUACACCCAACGAAUCCAACUCCGUCAAUCCAAUCUCAACGCCUUUCAAAAAGAGAUCCCUCGAGCCCAAUUGGAGGCAUCAGACGUAUACAAGGAAGCAAUCCGCGUCACGCUCGCCCUAGGCUACCGCUACCUGUGGAUAGACAGCCUAGCCAUAAUCCAAGACUCGGAUGAAGACUGGACCUACGAAGCACGCCGCAUGGCUAUCGUCUACGGCAACGCAACAGCCAACCUCGCUUUCCUCUUCCCACCUCACUCGCCUUCUGCUCCAUCCAGUCGCGAAGACCCACGAUCUUCGAAUCCAUGUAUCCUCCGGGCGUCAUCUUCGCAUACACCUGGGAUAUAUAUUGAGCACACGAAGUCCUCACUCCGUCUCGCCCUCGACACGGAGGAGGCGAGUAGAGACUGGCUCGCUCAACGCAACUGGCCGCUCUUCAAUCGCGCAUGGACGUUCCAGGAGUAUCUUCUUGCGCCACGGACGUUGCUGCUUGGGCAUAAGAAUCUCAUGUGGCAAUGCUCGGAGGGGUUUUGGGAUGAAUUGCUUGGGCCGAUUGCGGAAGCACCGGUUACGGAUCCCACGACGACGGUGCAAGUAUCUUUGCACGGCAAAGACAGAGGAAAAUCUCGGUAUUUCCCCAACACCAUCAAAGAGAUCAACACACUCGCAAAGACAAACAGCCUCUCCUCCCCAGCUAUUCUCUCUUUCGCACUAGACUACCAAAACCUAGUCAAUGAAUACCGCAGCCGCAGACUCUCUUUCUCCAAAGACCGCAUCGUAGCUUUCGCAGGCGUAGCGCGUGCGUUCUCCAACCUAGGCCAACUCACCUACCUAGCCGGCCUGUGGAAAGAAAUACUACCAAUAACCAUGCUAUGGUACGUCGACAGAAAAGCAAGAUGGCUUGUCCGCCUCGAGAAUGGGAUACCAAAUGGCGCGGAGAUGGAACCAUCGAUGUGGACGACGGAGAUUGAGGAAGAAGUAGUGCAAACCACACCACCACUCCCAAGUUGGUCUUGGUUCUCCGUACCGAUAUGGAAAUACUACCAACUCCACCACCUCUUCAGCGACGACGAACUAGUCGUCCGGUCUAAAAGCGAUUCCGAACCUCAUCUCGUCCGCUGGACCGACAUGUUCUUCGCCGAGACCAAGGGCUUCAAGUUCGCUGGACACACGCAAGAUCGCGUACCGGAAUCUAGCCCCUUUGACUUCUCAGGCUUGCAAGUCACGCUCGCAACGUUGGUUUUGCCGAUAAAGGCGGAUUGGCCCGCUGAUCUAGCGGCGCAGAUGAAGCGGUUGCAAGAACAUUCGCCGCUUUCUUCUCACCGCGGGUUUAGUUGGGAUCCGAUUCUGGAGUAUUACCCUGAUGACCCAGCCGGGCGGGCAUUCGCAUCACCAUCUCUCGCGAAUCCCCAUCAACACCUGCGCAUCUCGUCCACUACGAUGGAGUCACGCAACAAACCUGAUACCAUGCUGCAGCACGAAAAUGCAGAUCGAAGUGCGCCGCCUGAUCCUGACGAUACGACCGACUACGGCUUGCGGCGGAUGCUCGAUUUGCCGACAGAGCUACGCUGCUGCAUACUAGAGCUCCUCAUCAAGGACGAGUUCUUCGAAGCCUACUACACACUCCUCGAGCAUCCGGAGAUGGGCGAUUUGGUCCGCUGCAACUUUGCUGCGCAGUUCAAAGCGAUCAAACAGCACCGCCAUCUCGCUAGCCAGCUUCAGCAUAUCCUAACAACUACGGCCUUACUUUCGACGCAUACAAACCGCCCGCGCUCAAGCGAGCAGCUAGCUGAGUUCUUGAACAGCAAUCUACACGAUGAAACCCUACGUAUAUCAGUGGACAGCCCCGGUCAUGCUGUCGGCAUGCUCGCCGAGUACCAAGCACUCUUGAUCGACGCGGAUAUCCUUACAGAUCAGUUCGUUCACCUAGUACUAGGCAAUGCAGUAGCUCGGUGGGCCUCAUCCGAUCAGUCUGACUAUGGUACCGAUACCCUGUCUGAUGUCGAGCAUCAUCGUGUACUUCGUGCAUUUUUCCGGUUGCAACUCUACGUUGUAAUCCGGAAACUGUAUGGAAAAGGGAAAGGCUUCAAACGGAAGAUCAGAAGCUUGUUCUCGAUGUGGACGACGUGGGAGUUUGACGAGGUGAGAAGUCUAGCCGAAUGGAUCAAAAUCGAACGCCCAUUCCUACCGCGAGAUUACGACGCCAGUAUCCGCAGGUUGUUUGCCUGUGUGGACAGACAUUUCUACAACGACAUGAUCCCGGAGGUUGUAGUUGACGCAACAGUCAGUCGUUUCUUCGCCCACCCAGUCUAA